AUGGAAAAACAAGAAAUUAUCAAUCUAAUAAUUAAAUUGCUUUGGAUUGCUAAAAAGGGAAAUAUUUUUUCUUUAACAUUUAAUGGAAAUUCUGUGAUAAUUUUUGAUCAAGUUGGUUUAACUGCUGUGGAUCUGAACAUGAUUAUUAAUAGAGAAAAUUAUACAAAUAUAAUGAAUAUACUUUAUUCUGCAUCUUCUUGUAUUAGAAAUAAUUUUACUCAAUGUGCUCAAAAAGAUACAUGGUCAAUUGAACUAUAUGGAAAUAGUUUAGUAUAUGUUGUACUUCCUCUUGUAUUAAAAAAUAAUACUUCUAUCACAUGA